AUGGCAGCGGCGUACCCGCGCGUCUCGUCGAUAUCCCUGCGGCGAUGCGCCGCGCAGAUGCGCACGGCAUCGGACGCGCUUCAGAUCAUCCGCGCCGCGGGGAAGGACGUGACGCACGUGGACUUGGAGGGGUGCGACAGGGCGGUGACGGACGCGGACGUCCCGUCGUUUUUCCUCGCGGCGCCAUCGACGUCGGGGACAAUAACGGGCGCUUCCUUCGCGAAGUGCUCGCGGCUCACGGAUAAGGCGAUCGAGGCGCUGACGACGACGACGGCUUCGCGCGGGACCCCUGUGUCGGAGAUGGUGGAGCGCCUGAACAUCGCGGGAUGCUCCCCCGGGGUGACGCGAGAGGGUUUGUUGAAACUCGCGGGGGGACGGAGCGGGGGAUUUCCUUCUCUGCUCGAGCUCGACGUCAGCGGGUGCGGCGGCGUCAAGGGCGCCGUCGCGGUGCCGCCGCGCACGACGCUCCGGUCUCUGCGCACGUUGAACCUCCACGCGCUGACCGCGUUCACCGCGCAGCUCCCCGCGAGCUCGCCGCUCGAGUCGAUCGCGUUGACCGAGUGCAAGUCGCUGACGGAUCUCCGCGUGAGCGUCGCGGGGUUGAAGACGCUCAACGCCGCCGGCUGCAAACGUCUGACGCGGCUGGAGCUCCACUGCGCGACGUUAGAGUCGCUCGUCUUGCAGCACUGCGUCGACCUCGCGUCCCCGAUCGCAUGUAACACCCCAAACCUCUCCACGGAGCUGAACGUGAACGGGUGCGCGUCGUUGCGGACAGACGCGGCGGCGGCGAUGAUCAACGUGUCGCGGCGGUUACGUCGGGUGCGCGCGAGCGGUUUGCUCGCGGCGCGCGGCGCGAUGACGAUCGCGGGGAGGUGCUUGCGGGAGGUGUGCGUCGACGGGUGCGGCAACCUCGCGGACUUGAAGGUGCGGGCGCCGCUGAUGAAGCUCUCCGCGAGGGGGUGUAAGACGCUGAGCGCGGUGUGGAUCGAAGACCCUCCCGCGGCGGCGGAGGGGGAGGAGGAGGAGGAGGAGGGGUCGACGAUCGCUGCCGAGGCGGCGGCGGCGGCGAGCGAAGCGAAGAGCGGGCGUCUCACCGUGGAGCUUCGUAACUGCGGCGCGCUGACGAGGAUAGUCGGCGUCCGCGCCGCGGCGUUGGAGGAGAGGCUGAGCCUGGACGUCGUCGGGUGCGGGUCGCUGCCGGCGUCCGCGCGGCGCGGCGGGUGA